AUGACGAUACUAGUGGACAUAUCCAGAAAAUGUGGUCCAUAUUGUUCAUGCAUAGUAUCCUAUGGCACAGAUUUAACUGCUAAGCAUGAAGAGAGUAUUACUGGCAUAGAAGACUACGGAUCAUGCACUCAUAUAGUAGGUAGGGAAAAUAUUACUAAGGUAGCAUGGAAGGGAACACAACUUAUAGUGAACUGGCCGAAUGGUGAUUAUGACUUUCAUGAUAGGUACCCAGAUGGAGUAAAAUUUGUGACGGUAUACUACUAUACAGCUUAUGAUAAUGGUGAGAGUAAGAUAGAGAAUCCCAUAUUCCUUGUAUUCAGAGAUAUCAAUGGAGAUGGAUUUGUGUAUGAGAAAAAUGAUGAGGUGAAUUCAGAGGAAAUAAACACCAGAUGGAAUGAAAUUGAUGAUGGCUAUGAAAAGUUCUUCAAUGGAGAUAAGUCAACUGGAGAAUUAAAGAAUGAGCUUAAUGCACUUACCUGCAAAGCCUACACUUUACAUGAUCUUGACAUUCAUAGAAGUAGUGAGAGAGAUACUUAUGGUUGUGUCUGCGGAAGUAGUGAUCUUCUCUUCACUGUUAAAGAUGUUACUGAUGAUACUAGCCUUAGUGGAUACAAGAAAUACCAACAUACUUACCAGCACGAAUGUUUACUGGAGGAUGAAUAUGGAUUCAUAGAUGAUCAGGAAGGACUGCCCCUCUAUUACAAGAGAUAUACUCUCGAAUAUAAGGAAUCCUCUUUUGAAGAGAAAUAUAAAUCCCUUAGGCUUAAUGGUGAUGAUGAUCAGGGUGUGACAGUAUAUUACUGGGACCAAGACAAGGAGCGUGCAAAGCCCCUUGCGAUGGAAUUAUCUGUUAGAGACUUUGGUAUGAUGAGACUCAAUCUUGGUAAUGAUGGAAAUACAAAUAAAAAUGACAAUAGCAAAUGGACUAUGAUGAUGCGAAAUAAUAUUAGUACUGAUUGGGGUAGUUUUAAGCUUCCUCAGAAUGAACUUAAGGAGAAGCUACAAAUCAUUAAGUGCGAACUUUUCCGUCCUUUGACAAUAGAUGUCUCUCAUAAAGCCUGGUAUUACAAUCAGUACUGCUCGAAUUGGAACUGUACAAGUCAAAAAUGUCCCAGUGCAGUAUAUCUUCUUCCUUAUACAGACCAUGCGACGCUUUCAGGAUUCACUGCUAUGCAACAUCAGUACGGAAAUGGACCUUUUACAGUCACCAGUUUUGUGGAUGAUGGUCGUGAGCAGGUGAUCCAUGGACUUACUCUUCCCAUUCUGAAUGUCUCUAACAUUGUCGUCUACUUUUCACUCUGUAAACUGAAGGAUCCGCUACUGUUACACAUCACCUCCAAGGACAGUAAUGAUGGGAAGUGGUUUGCAAAGAAGCGAGGAACUAGCGAUGAGUGGAAUGAGAUAUUCUUAACUGGUAGGAGACCUCAUGACAGGAACGCUAUAACCUAUAUUGAGGCAAAGCUUAAGGGGUUAGCAAAGGAAAGAGGUAUCGAAGAAUGUGUAGGUCAAUGGGAAAUUAUAACUAAUGAACUCUGGAAAAAAUGGCAUGAGAAAGAACUCUACCGUCCUAGUAAACAUUUGGGUCCUUCUCCACCUGACGAUAAUUCCUCUGAUUCUCUAUUUGGAAUACCACCUAAAUCUGAAGAGCCACAAUUUCCACCUAUUCCUGCUGAAGCUGUUUCCUAUAGAAGCUCUGAUGAUGGUCAUGCUGAUGAAACUAGAGGAGACAAUGAUGGAGUAGUUCUGACUACUAAUAGAGAAGCUGGUGGUAUCAAGGCUGUUCUAGAAGAAGUUAAAAAUGGGAAACAGGAAGAAUCCGUUAUUCUUCAAGAAUCUUCUCAAGAAAAAAAUCCUGAUGAACUAUGUGCUGAUCUAUCUGACCAAGUUCCUGAUACAGAGUCUGAAACAAAGAUUCUCCUACAAGGUACUCCUGUGGCUCAAAUGGCUGAAGAUGCUAUUGAUGGUGAAAGACUAAAACAUCUUAUUGCUGAUCCAUCUAGAGUAUAUCUUGAUGGAUUUUCUCUUUCCGCUCCUGGUCCAUUUAGUUUUCCUGUUCCCUCUACUACUAUAUCUGGAUAUACUUAUGAAUAUUCAUCUGCUUCUCCUAAACCUCUACUUAGUUUUAGGGGAAUUUCUCUUUCUGAACUAGGUGGUGAUACUCCUGUUACUAAUCCAUCUAUUACUUUUGUUGCUGGCCCUCCUAAUAGUGCUAGUAAAGAAGCUAAAAAAGACUCUGGCGAACCUGAAACGACUCCUGCUGCUCCUAAAGCUCCUGAUGCUAAACAAGCUGAAGAACCUGCUCAACCUACUGCUGAAGGUAAAUCUGAAGAUCUUCCUAAAGCUGCUAUUUCUUCUGAAACUACUACUAGUCAACCUACUCAACUUACUGCUGAAGAAUCUACGUCUGGAGCUCUCACUGAAUCUCAAGCUCAACAAGCCUUAGCCUCUGGUCAUGGAGAACAUAAUCUAGCUCAUGAAAACCCUCAAGAAGCUAAAGACUCUAAUCUAAAUAUUGUAGUUGGAGUGCCUACAGGCAUUCUUGGUACAUCUGCCUUGGCUUGUUUUGCAGGAUGGAAACUCUAUAAUCGCUAUAAAGGAGGCCCUUGGGUUAGGAGAAAUAAAGAUUCCCACUCCCAUUACUGCAAGGUUAUGAAAACUGCUGGUAUAGAUACAAAAAUGGUGAUGAAUGCAAUAAAAUAG